AUGGUUCACUAUGACCCUUCUCCUUUUUCCCCGUCGUAUCCACCUAAUCCACCCCCGCCUCUCCCGUGCUCCCUCUCCUCGAUGUCACCCGUCGUUCACGUGCAGAGUGAUCAAAGUAGUGUUUUGACGCGCCGCAAUCCACCUUAUUCACCCCCGCCUUUCCCUCGCUCCCUCUCCUCCUUGUCACCCGUCGUUCACGCGCAGAGGGUGAAGCGGCAUUGGAGCGACUCGGCGUCUAUUUUAGCAGGGAGCACGGUAGUUAUCACAGUUGCUUCUGUCUUGCUUUCGUUCGCUCGUCCUCGUGUCCAUCCCUCACUCCCUUCCUCGACAUCAGUCCCCUUCGUCGCGCCUGCUUCCGUUCGCUCGCUCUUGCUCCCCCCUGCCUCCCCCGCUCCGCCCCCUCGUUCCUCCCCCGCCGCUCCGCCCCCUCGCUCCUCUCCCACUUCACCCCAUGCUCCUCCCUUUUUCUUCCUUCCGCGCUUUCUCUUCCCGCCCUUUCUUCCAUCUCCCCUGCCUCCCCUUCCCCCUUUUUUCCCCCUCCCCCCUUCUCCCUUUCGCCCUCGUCAAUCCCCAGGUGUUCGCCCCUCUCAUGCAACUGUUGCUGCUGCUGCUUUCGACCCUGCAAGCACCAGCAGCGAAGGUCCUAUUAACCCUCUCAAGGUGAUGUCGCAGCCUCUCAAGGUGAUGUCGCAGCCUCUCAAGGUGAUGUCGCAGCCUCUCAAGGUGAUGUCGCAGCCUCUCAAGGUGAUGUCGCAGCCUCUCAAGGUGAUGUCGCAGCCUCUCAAGGUGAUGUCGCAGCCUCUCAAGGUGAUGUCGCAGCCUCUCAAGGUGAUGUCGCAGCCUCUCAAGGUGAUGUCGCAGCCUCUCAAGGUGAUGUCGCAGCCUCUCAAGGUGAUGUCGCAGCCUCUCAAGGUGAUGUCGCAGCCUCUCAAGGUGAUGUCGCAGCCUCUCAAGGUGAUGUCGCAGCCUCUCAAGGUGAUGUCGCAGCCUCUCAAGGUGAUGUCGCAGCCUCUCAAGGUGAUGUCGCAGCCUCUCAAGGUGAUGUCGCAGCCUCUCAAGGUGAUGUCGCAGCCUCUCAAGGUGAUGUCGCAGCCUCUCAAGGUGAUGUCGCAGCCUCUCAAGGUGAUGUCGCAGCCUCUCAAGGUGAUGUCGCAGCCUCUCAAGGUGAUGUCGCAGCCUCUCAAGGUGAUGUCGCAGCCUCUCAAGGUGAUGUCGCAGCCUCUCAAGGUGAUGUCGCAGCCUCUCAAGGUGAUGUCGCAGCCUCUCAAGGUGAUGUCGCAGCCUCUCAAGGUGAUGUCGCAGCCUCUCAAGGUGAUGUCGCAGCCUCUCAAGGUGAUGUCGCAGCCUCUCAAGGUGAUGUCGCAGCCUCUCAAGGUGAUGUCGCAGCCUCUCAAGGUGAUGUCGCAGCCUCUCAAGGUGAUGUCGCAGCCUCUCAAGGUGAUGUCGCAGCCUCUCAAGGUGAUGUCGCAGCCUCUCAAGGGGCACCUCAUCUUGCUUGCACAACGCCUUCUCAUUCCCCUCCCUUUACCGCCCCGCCCUCCCUCCCCCUCACCAGUCCCCAGCUACGCGCUCAAGCCCAUCGCCUACAAGUCUGGUCCCAUGAUGUCUAUCUCAUCUGGCACGGCACGUGCUGCUAUCCUCAUUCCCCGUCCCUUUUCUCCCCUGCAUGCAGUCCCCAACUACGCGCGCAAGACUAAUUUCCUACAAGUCCGGGCCUUCCCCAGCUACGCACCCAAGACUAUUUCAUACAAGUCCGGUCCCGUGAUGUCCCAACCUCUCGAAGUCUACCUCAUCUGGCACGGCACGUGGCCCGCCGCUCAGAAGACGCCCGUGCAGAAGUUUGUCGACUCCAUAUCCGACACCACGCUCGCCAACAAGCCCGGCAGCGUCAGCGACUGGUGGAACAUCAACCGCCUCUACAAGGCCGGCGCCACCUAUGUCACCUCGACUGUUUCUCGUAGUGUGAGUAACCUCCCCUCCCCUCCCUACCUAGGAAGGGAUUCUCCUUGUUUUCCUCUCCCAAAGCGUGCAAUUCUCCCUGUUGUUUCCCUGGUCGAUUUGACUGGGCAAGCAGCACGCUCGCUCGCCAACAAGCCCGGCAGCGUCAGCGACUGGUGGAACAUCAACCGCCUCUACAAGGCCGGCGCCACCUACCGGUGGGUGGGAGCGGGAAGGGCAGGAAGGGAUUGGUGGAACAUCAACCGCCUCUACAAGGCCGGCGCCACCUACGUCACGCCCACCGUCUCCCGCAGCGUAUGUAACCUCCCCUUCCCUCCUAGGGUCCCCCGUAGUAGCACGGAGAUUGACAUUGCAGCUGCAUCGUCAGCCUCAGGGCAAACCCCGUUGACAAAAGCCGAUCUGCUCGCGCUCAUCAACUUCCAGAUCCUCUCGGGGUCGCUCCCGCGAAUCAGCAGUGCCGUCUACGUCAUCUUCACAUCUGCUGACGUGGAUGUGGAUGGAUUUGGGUCCGAGUUUUGCGCCUUCCACAGCGUCAGCGGCAGCAUCAAGUGGGCGUGGGUUGGCAUGCCCGAGAAGGUGAGUGGUCGGUGUGUGUGA